GCGGCGGCGGAGGAGGAGGAGGACCGCAGCGGGCGAGCCCCGAGCCGCUCACCCGCCCCGCCUCUCGCGGCUGACCGGCCCCGAGGAGUCGCCACUCCGCGCGCUGCGGGAGAGCGCGGCAGACGGAGGCGCCCUGGAGGAGCGAGGCUGAAGGCUGAAGGCUUGACUCUGUCCUAGGAAGUGGGUGCCCGGCUGCUGUCGCGUUCCAUUCUGAACUCAAAGUGGAUGAUGCUGUUGGGACUGACCACUGACCAGAGUCUGUGAAACAUUCCCACCUUCUCACUGGCCAUCAGUUGAGAUAAGAUGGAAGACUCAUAUAAGGAUAGGACUUCACUGGUGAAGGGUGCCAAGGACAUUGCCAGAGAGGUGAAGAAACAGACUGUAAAAAAGGUGAAUCAAGCAGUGGACCGGGCCCAGGAUGAAUACACCCAGAGGUCCUACAGUCGAUUCCAAGACGAGGAAGAGGACGAUGAGGUUUAUCCGCCAGUGGAAACCUAUAAUGGAGAGGCCAAUGAUGAUGAAGGCUCCAGUGAAGCUACUGAGGGUCACGAUGAAGAUGAUGAAAUCUACGAAGGGGAGUAUCAGGGCAUCCCCAACAUGAACCAAGGGAAGGACAGCAUCGUGUCAGUAGGGCAGCCCAAGGGUGAUGAGUAUAAGGACCGCCAGGAGCUGGAGUCUGAGAGGAAGGCUGACGAGGAGGAGCUUGCCCAGCAGUAUGAGCUGAUAAUCCAGGAGUGCGGGCAUGGCCGCUUUCAGUGGGCCCUGUUCUUUGUCCUGGGCAUGGCCCUGAUGGCGGACGGCGUGGAGGUGUUUGUCGUCGGCUUCGUGCUGCCAAGCGCUGAGACAGACCUGUGCAUACCAAAUUCGGGAUCCGGGUGGCUAGGCAGCAUAGUGUACCUCGGCAUGAUGGUGGGGGCGUUCUUCUGGGGAGGCCUGGCGGACAAAGUGGGACGGAAGCAGUCCCUUCUGAUCUGCAUGUCUAUCAACGGAUUCUUUGCCUUCCUGUCUUCAUUUGUCCAAGGUUACGGCUUCUUUCUCUUCUGUCGCUUACUUUCUGGAUUCGGGAUUGGAGGAGCCAUCCCCACCGUGUUCUCCUACUUUGCGGAAGUGCUGGCCCGAGAGAAGCGGGGUGAGCACCUGAGCUGGCUCUGCAUGUUCUGGAUGAUCGGCGGCAUCUACGCCUCGGCCAUGGCCUGGGCCAUCAUCCCGCACUACGGAUGGAGCUUCAGCAUGGGCUCAGCCUACCAGUUCCACAGCUGGAGAGUGUUCGUCAUUGUCUGCGCGCUCCCCUGUGUCUCCUCGGUGGUGGCCCUCACGUUCAUGCCUGAAAGCCCACGGUUCCUGCUGGAGGUUGGAAAACAUGAUGAAGCCUGGAUGAUUCUGAAGUUAAUUCACGACACCAACAUGAGAGCACGGGGUCAGCCUGAGAAGGUCUUCACGGUAAACAGAAUCAAAACCCCCAGACAGAUAGAUGAACUGAUUGAAAUUGAGAGCGACACGGGAACGUGGUACCGGAGGUGCUUUGUUCGCGUCCGCACGGAACUGCAGGGAAUUUGGUUGACUUUUAUGAGAUGUUUCACCUACCCAGUCAGGGAAAAUACCAUAAAACUCACGAUUGUGUGGUUCACGCUGUCCUUUGGGUACUACGGAUUAUCUGUUUGGUUCCCCGAUGUCAUUAAACAUCUGCAAUCGAAUGUGUUGAAAAACAUAGAUGAACCAAAAGUGAAAUUUUCAGAUGCAACUAUUAACUUUACAAUGGCAAAUCAGAUUAUUACCGGAAUGGAAUGCGACAAUGGCAGAUUCGCAGGGAUCAGGUUCAAAUCCAUAACUUUCAAAAAUUCAGUUUUUAAGUCCUGCACCUUUGAGGAUGUGACUUCAGUCAACACCUACUUCAAGAACUGCACAUUUAUUGAAACUGUUUUUAACAAAACAGAUUUUGAGCCAUAUAAAUUCAUUAACUGCAGAUUUCAAAACAGCACAUUUUUGUACAAUAAGACAGGAUGCCAGUUUACCUUUGAUGAUGACUAUAGUGCCUACUGGAUUUAUUUUGUCAACUUCCUGGGGACAUUGGCAGUGUUGCCAGGGAACAUCGUGUCUGCUCUCCUGAUGGACAGAAUUGGGCGCUUAACGAUGCUAGGUGGCUCUAUGGUGCUUUCGGGGAUCAGUUGUUUCUUCCUUUGGUUUGGCACCAGCGAAUCCAUGAUGAUAGGCAUGCUGUGUCUGUACAAUGGGUUGACCAUCUCAGCCUGGAACUCUCUUGAUGUGGUCACCGUGGAGCUGUACCCUACAGAUCGGAGGGCCACAGGCUUUGGCUUCUUGAACGCACUGUGCAAAGCAGCGGCCGUCCUGGGAAACUUGAUAUUUGGCUCCCUGGUCAGCAUCACCAAAGCUAUCCCCAUCCUGCUGGCCUCCACCGUGCUGGUGUGUGGAGGACUCGUGGGGCUGCGCCUGCCUGACACACGAACCCAGGUCCUGAUGUAAUGGGAAAAAAGCCAUCCAUCCUGUAUUCCCUUCUCCUGUCCUGGGCCAACUCCCCCUGCUGACUCAAGGCUCCAGAAAGGUGGUCAAAUACCAGAACACUAACCCCUGCUGUGACGACAGUGUAGAUGCAUACCGUCUCAUCCCUUCAGUGUGAUUUUGCAGGGUUUGGGGUUUGUUUGUUUCUUUUCAUGUAUUAUUGUCUUUCCUAACUGUGAUGCUACUGCCUUCCAGAAAUCAGAAUUUUUUUAAGUGUCUUGUGAGUCGAGCCUUCCUGAGAUCCUCCUCAUUGAAGGUUCAGAAGCUAAGAAGAGGACUGGACUGCUGUCAGAAAUAAUCCUGCUCCUAAUUCAGCAUUCACAGGAAAGAUAAAUCGGCAUAUUAGUGCAUCUGUGCUGAGGGGGGAGAUUCUUUUUUUUUUUUUUGCAGAGUGAUAUUUCCUGUUUACUUAGAAAAGGACACCCAGCAACUCUUGCUGUUACAGCAGGGCCUUUCAAAAGAAAAAAAAAAAAAACCCUGCAGCACCAAACUGAACUGGGUGGGGCUCUUUCAGGCUUGACAAUUAGGAUGACUCUGCUGACGAGAAAAAUAGAGGCUCCGCAGUUGGCAACAAAGAUCUGUGAGCUGCAUGAGCAAGCUUUCUGCCAGGAAGCCUGACGAAGUUCUAAGAAAUACGAGGAAACGGGCCGUUAGUAGUGAUUGUGGCACGUGGUUCAGAAUGUCAGACGAUCAGAACUCAGAUCUUCAGCCUGCCUUCACCCCCACCCUCAUCCCACCCCGGCUGCCAUCCAUCUUGCCAGAUAACACAAUCAAUAGGAAAAAGCCACUUUCUAACUGGGUGAUUCUGCCAUUCACGAAAACUCUUUCGAGAUUGUCAGCCAUCUAAGUUGUUGUAAGUUGAAAUGAGUUAGAAAUUCACACCUAAAGCCAUGUGUAAAUGCCAAAUGAUACCUCAAGGGGACCAGGGUCUUGGGGCCAGUGUCCCUGGGGAAGUGACAUAGGACUUUCUAACAGAGCCCCUGGCUGGAGCCGGUCAGUGUGUUCCUAGCAGCUGCCUCUGCAUGAAAUCGCAGCCCGCUGAGCUCCAUGGAGCCCUUGGGCAGACAAGGGUUGCGUCUCCUGGGGGCUUUUGGCUGCUCACUUUACCUCUGGAAUCCUCCUGGCCUGCAAGAGAGAGGUUAGCAGGACAUUCCCACAGGCUGUCAGCUAUGUGACCUUCUCACCCCUUGGGGCCGCCCCUCCUGCAUGCUGGUCCUUUUUACUCAUCUUCUUUGAAAUCUGAAACCUCCAAGUUGACUUGCAGUGAUGACCAGCAGCCAGGAAUAAAUCCCAUAUUAAAACAAUAUUCCUUUUUUAAACUCCCUAUGUCUUGUUAGAGGGUUAUCCUUGUUACUUAUUAUAGGCGUUUCCAACAGGUCACGGCCCUGGGCCUCCAGGCAGGGAGAGCCUUUGUUUCCAAGAGUCAUUACACUCAAAGAUGCCUUCACCCCACAGGCCAGUCCGCCUCUCUCUCCCCUUCCUCCUGAUCCUCCUAGAGCUCCAGACUGCAGAGUUUAGUCUGUGAAAAGCUGCUUUCAUUAACAUAAGCCAUUAAUCGACUCUCCCUUGAAGCAGUUCAGGCCUAUACAGGGCGGCAGCCUGGUGCGGGGGUGCUGACAGCAAGAGGGUAACUCCCUGUGGAUGCAGGCUUCAGGCCAGAAUAUCAGGAAAACUCAAACCCCAAACUACAAAGGCGGCAGGAAGAAGGCAAACCAGUAAAGAGUGGAUGGGAUCUAGUAGGACAAUAUCAACAAAUCUAUUAGAACACUGUCAACGGAAAGAAACAGAACUCUCACCUCUGCCUUCUGGAAUAUUAUUGGAAAACAAAGACAAGUCAGACAACUCAUGAACAUAUCCUGGAUGUUCUUCAUUAUGUACUCAUUUCCCCACCUACCCCUUGGCUUAUCUUUUCCAAAGAGACAUACUUGGGGAUCUGAGCAGAUUUUUUAGUUGAAUGUUGCAUGUGCAGUGAUAACUGCACAAGUGACCAGUGGUAUGUCCCAUUCAACCCAUUCAAAAGAGAAAUAGAAAUGUGCAUGGAUGCUGCUAUCUCUAGAUCUUCUGCCACAGUCAACUUUGCUUACUGUACUGUUUUUACUUUUAGAAAUGUCUCAGAUGUCUGUGAUCAUUCUAAAUGCAUCAAAUAUGUAGAGCACAGUUUACACAGAAUUUUAUCUGAAUGCUUGAUGGAUCAGAAUAGGAUUAACCAGCAGGACCACACUGGAUGAGACCUGCCUGCAUGCAUCCCCUUUGGAAUGACCUUUCUUGACCUUCUUGUCACUAAAUCCAAACCUCCCAGGUGGCCCAAGAGGGAUCUCUUCUAAUCUCCUGGACGGUCUGUGGUCACAAACCUUCUUGGUCACCACCUUUCCUGCAGUUUUCCCCGCCUCCUUCACAUUGUUCCCCGCACUGGCAUUUUCUAUGAGAGAGCUCAGGUUCUUCCCCAACUAUGUGGUGUGGCCUGUCUGGCUUGUUCUGGGGUGAGCAGGAUUAAGAUAGAGCCGUGCGAUUAGGCAGAAACUCUCAAUUCUAUCCAGUGCAGCAGGCUGUUGGCACUUGGACGUGCAGCCAGCAUCUCAUUUCAUCUGCAGUAGAAAGAAAAUGAGAGCGCAUGCAUAAAUGAAAGCCUGGGAAACAGUCCCACUGGCUCCUAGAUUUCUAACUCCUUUUCUAUCUAAAAUUUCCUCCCGUGCUUUGAAUCAAUCCAGAAUGUUCCUGAGUCCUGUUAUUAUCACUGGUCCUCUCAGCAGGAAAUAAAGCCAGCUGCUCCACUCUGUAAGUCCUGAACCGGGUUAUACCCCCAGUAAUAGGUUUUACCCUCCUCUCAUUUAAUCUCACUGCCUUGGAAGCCAACCCAGCAGCCAGGGAUUAUCUUGCACCCUGAAGACUAACCCUGGGAGAUAAGACAGAUGGGUCCUAGCCCAAACUCUCCCACUAACCAACAGGGAGACCCAGAACUCCCCGAGGAGGAUAUAAGUCAUUGAGCAUCUCUGAUCCUCAGUUGCCCCGUCUGUGGAGCAAAGGAUUGGGACUAAUUUGCUGCUGGGACUAGUCUAAGACUCUAGAAGACCCUCACAAAAAUAGGUUUAUCUUACUGUCUACCUUCUUCUGAUGCUAAACCCAUCUUUACAAGACCAAACAGGUUGGAUUUAGAAACUGAAAAAGUAGGCAAGCUUGCAAGAGCUCAGGAAGCUGUUUGGGAAGGCCCUGUGGGACAGGUGAGAGGAUGGCUCCCGUGCUAUUUGUGCUGCAGCUUCUUAGAAUCCCAAGCAUCCUCUCCAUUCACUGUUGGUUUGCUGGUUCCCAGUGCCUGCCUAGGAAAGGGCCCCGCCCUGCGGGACACAGAUGUUGGAAGCCUCACUCAUCCGUCCUAUGAGAAAGGAUGCCCCCCAGAGCUUUCCUGGCUCUACCCCAUUGCAUUGAUGAAACAUGGUCUUACGCAGACCUCUGCCUUCAGAAGCGGUUUUAACGUGAUUUUACCUGAGUUGUCAGACACACCUUCAUUUACAAAUCUCCCUAAGUCUAAGUUCAGGUUUGCACUAAAUUAAUGUCACUGCUCUUCUGGAUGUCGUGGGAUAUCAAGGGAGAGGUGGGAAAAGACACUAGUGACAGGAAGGAGAGCCCAAGACACUGAGAAGGUUCUAAUGGGGAGGUUAGGGCAGAAUCGAGAUCUCCUAAGCCCUGGAGCCGUUUCUAAAGCACUCCAUGGAAAUAGCUUCUGAUUCCCUCUGCCAAUCAAAACAAUAUGAUAUUCUCCAGUUUUUUUCUGUCUCAUAUCCAAAUAGCCUUUACCUAUUUCUUCAGUAAAACCCCUCACUUGUUCAUGCAUUCAAGGUUCUCAAGCCAGAAAUGCCUGGAUUUGGCCUUCACCUGGUGUCGUGGAAAAGCAAUCGGUUGAUGGUUAAGGGCAUGUCGCCUGGAUAUUUGGAUUUCUAUUAACUCCCAUAUCACUCUGUACUUAGUCCAGGUACCAAACCUGCAGAAAUACCAGUCAACUUGCUGCAACAAAAAGAAAAAUACACAGCAGGGCACUCUGAAAUGGACUGUACGUUUCUUACAGUUUUUGUUUCUGCAAGCAAGUGUGUUUUGAGUAAAGCUUCUCUCACAACCUGUAAUGUAGACAGAGUUGUCAGUAUCUUCUUGGUUUGCUGUGUAUCCCUUCAUUGUUUCAGGUGUGGAGUGACGGUUCUCCACGUGAUGUUCUUUUGCUCUGAAUACUGACUGCCCUUCCUACCCACGGUGUCUUACCGACCAGACACAGCCGUUUCCAGGGCUGACUUCCAUCUCUCUCCAACAAGACCUCCUCAAUCUGGUUUAGGAAUCCCAGGAUUUGAGUGGCAAGGAUACAGUUCAUGGGCCUAGUUUCAGGUUAUUAGCACUGGAUGGAGGAAGGGGCUGGGCAGAGCAUUCACGAUCACUUGUCAUCUCAUGUCAUCUCAUCAAUAAGUAUUUAUUAACUUGCAUGUGCUAUUGAAUAGGUUGAGGCGCUGUGCUGUAUGCAGGUAGUUAACCCUUUGCAGGACUUAACUAAGGACAGGGAAACAGGGAGAAUGAAAGAGAAAACAUCCGUAAUGGUGGGGGAGGUCUUAUAUUGGUUUCCAUUACCUGUUGAUACCCCCUUCCCAUAAACACAAAGUGUAAUUUUUCCAAAUUUAAAAGAAGUAAUAGCCUACUGUGGGCAGUGCAGAAACUACUCAGAAAUUGGGACUGUCUUUGACAAUUGCUUGGCCUUUGUUGGAGGGACUACUGACUAGUACCUACUUGGAAAAUGAGGAAAGUGGAGCCAUACAUGUGCUGUCUCUUUAAAUAUCCUGGCAAGAAGCUGUGCUAAGGUAUUAAAGGAGAAGAAUCAGCAGCAAAGAUAUCCCCAUCUGUAUAGAGGUAUUCAUCUGUGAAGUUCUAGUUUCUUCUGGGGCAUCCUUUUUCAUGGCCUAAACUCCUGGCGGGGCUGGGGAGUCUGUUGAGAGCAGCACAGAGUCAGCAGAUCCCCAGCUGCUGCCAUGUGCCCGCCUCGGCUUCCCAGGGUGUUUCCUUCCUGAUGUUGGAGACUUGUGAUGAAGUCAGCUGUCUGCAGAUCCCCUAGAGCAGCUUUCCUCCUCUUUACUUUCAGCAGAUAAGCCACCCAGAAAACAAGUUCUGACAGUCGGUGGCGGGUGAUGUUCAGGCUUCAGUUUAAGGCCAGCACGUGGUGUUGCAAAGUGUCUGGCAGUUGCGAAUGGCCUUUAGGGGCUGGGGCCCGAGGUGCAAGCAGAGAAGGUGGCUGUCAGCGACCUGCCUCCUUCCCCACCGGAGUCUCCACUUCCUUUUGUCCCACUAGCUUUCUCCUCCUUACCUCCUCCAGGCAGGACGCACUCACCUCCUCUCUCCCUUCUCUUCUCCACCUGCCCUUGCCUCGUCUUGACUCUUGCGGCAUAGAAAUUGAGGCCAAGCUUGACCAGGGCCCUUAGGACUGAGGAAUGUGAUGCUGUGCUGGCUCGAGGGCCCCUGGGAACGGGGAGAAGGGCAGCGGGUGUCAGGCGGUGUGAGCUCUUGACCAUUGGCUUUGACACGGUUCCCCAUGCUGGGCAAGAUUUCCAGCAGCUUCCCAGCUCCUGCACAUGAUGGGCUGGGCGCCACUGGCAUGAGAUCUGAGCGAGGUCCAUCUGAGCGAGGUCAUCUCUGAGGCAGAGGGCUUAGAGCUCAAAGCUUGACUCCUGAAAAGCAAGAAGGCUUGCAGUGCGGUGCAUGGAAUUCAUAGACCUCCAGGAGGUGACACACGUCAUACUUGGUGCCAAAGGCUGGGUGCCUUCCACUCAGGCGGGGGUGGGGUGGUAUUUAUUUAUUUAUUUAUUUAUUGACAUACCUUGAGACAUGUGGGAUCUUAGUUCAGCAACCAGGGAGCAAAACCAUGCCCCCCUGCAUUGCAAGCGCUGAGUCGUAACCACUGGACUGCCAGGAAGUCCUGAAUUUAAGUGCUGAAGUUGCAGAGGGUGCCUGCUCUCUGCCUACCCUACCAUGAGUGUGCUGGCUUCAUGCCAAGAGUGUCCAGCCCCGGAAGGAGGAGAAAGCAGACCCUAGCCCUCUGUUCAGAUUCUCACAAGGUUUCACAGCAGCUAGUGGCCCACCCUGGAAGCUCUGGUGCAGAGUCCUAAGCAGAUUUCAGGUGCCUGGAGAGUGACUGACAGAGCCAGUCAUGGGGGCCGAGUCGUCAAAAGCCAGGGAGGGGCUGGAGCAGGUGCAAACCAGUUUCUCAAAGCCGACCAUUUCAGGAAUUUUGUGAGCCAGUUGAGAAACAGUCAUUUUUUUAAAAAGAAAUUUUAAUUAGAGGAUAAUUACUUAACAAUAUUGUGAUGGUUGCUGCCAUAUAUCAACGUGAAUCAGCCAUAGGUAUACACAUGUCCCCUCCCUCCCCA